AUGACCAGCCCUAAACGAAGAGGCUUGUAUAUGGGCCUUGCAAACACUGCAAUGACAGUCGGUGUCUCACUUGGAGCGGUCAUAGCGGGCGCGCUUGAGCCUAGAAUUGGAUGGAAACCUUUGUUCGGCAUACAGGCACCAAUAAGCUUCGUGGCCGGUUUAGGUCUCCUCUUUUCAAUUCCAGCAAGCCAUACUUCAAAGAACAUCAAGUAUGAGAAUCUCUCGAUCCGCGAAAAGCUAGCCCGCAUCGACUACUCCGGAGCUCUGCUCUUGACCACCACCAUUGUACUCUUCCUUCUAGGCUUAUCUGGCCCAAAGGUUCUUCCAACGCCGAUCAUUCUCUCGGCUCUUGCUCUUCCAGUAUUCGUUCUCAACGAGGCCUACGUCGCUGGCGAUCCCGUCAUUCCAGUCUCCGUUCUACGAUCUCGUGGAACUUUGUUGACCUGCCUUGGCACGACUGGCUUCAUGAUGGCCCGUUGGAGUAUCCUCUUCUAUACGCCCGUAUAUGCGCUUGCCGUUCGGGGAUGGGCUCCGGCUGUCGCUGGAUCAAUCCUCAUUCCCACUAACGCCGGCUUUGCAACCGGUGGUCUUCUUGCUGGCGUCUUUCAUAUCAAACGCACGGGCAGCUUCUACCUUCAUACCGUCGUUGCGAUGGCACUGUUUCCAAUCACUAUGGCUGUUCUGGCUCUCAUCUCUACACCAACAAGUCCGUGGGGUCUAUAUGUUGCCAUGGUGUUCCUCAACGGACUUGUCACUGGCGCGGCAACGAACUACGCACUUGUCCAUCUGCUCCAUCUUACACUCCCGGAGGUGCACCCGAUCGUCAUCUCUCUCCUUGCUACGUUCCGCGGCUUUUCAGGCUCUUUCGGUUCGGCUAUUGGCGGUGGCUACUUCGUUCGCGUACUGCACAAAUCUCUGGAUGACGGCUUCGCGAAGGCUGGGUUGAAGAAUCGCGGUGAACUCACUCGGAGACUAUUAGGGAGUCCAGCACUUGUAGGUAAGCUGGAAGGCAAGGACAGGGUCGUCGCCGUCGGGGCAUACGCGGAUGCACUCAAGGCACUGUUCCUUUGUGCCGUAGGACUCUCCAUCAUCGUCGUGGUUGUACAGGCCGGUACAGGAUGGAAAGAGCCGGAAAAGAGUGAGGGUCAAAGAGCGGAAGAGGAGGUGGAAGUCGAAGACGGGAUGCCUGCAGGUGCUUGA